AGUCCUAGAGAGCACAGUGCUGGUGUGAUGGUCGUUGGACAUGAAAUCGACUAUAAAAUGGUUAUUCCUCCAAAUACUCCUAACUUCACUGUCACUUCAGUAUGCUCAGAUUCUUGUACUAGACAAAAUUUCCCAUCAGGAGGGAUAAAUGUGAUUGGGAGCAUGCUCCAUACUCAUUACACAGGUGUUGGUUUGUCGUUACGCCGAGUGAAACAAACGACUUGUGAUGGAGUCUCUUAUUAUGAAGAAGUGAAGCCGGUUGAUAGGAACCUUCGCUUUGAUUUCAACUAUCAGCAAACGACGCAUCUUCCCCAACCAGUCAAUGUUUUACCAGGUGAAACACUGAUGCUACAGUGCCACUAUGACACUACGCAACGUACUGGAGUUACACUGGGAGGACUCUCCACUAGAGAGGAAAUGUGUUUCACUAUUCUUGUAUAUUACCCAAAAAUAGAUAAUGAGUUCUGCCUGAGUUCACCAAUGUACGACAAGUACAAUGAUUUCAUUGAUCAACAUGUACCUGAUCAGCAUAAAGCUGCAUUUAGGGCACUUGUGCCUGAAAGAUCAUCAAAGUCAGACUAUCAGAACACGUUUGAUCUGUUGGAAUGGAAUAAAACACAGAUUGCUGCAUUUGAACAGAAAUUGUAA